UAGUUUCCAGAUCGAAAUUUAACAAACAUCAAUUUUUUUUAAAAAAAGCAGCAGUUUGAAGUUGUAUCCAAGUUUAAGUUACGUCAUAUCUAAAGGAACAUAUCAGUCUCCUAUGCCAGGAGGUAUACUGGCCGACAAUUAUUAAAUGGAGGAGAAUCAUUUAAAUAAACUGGCAUCGGAAAAAUGAUGAAAGAGGCAAGUCAAACAUACCCACCACAAAUAUAUGGUUAUCAACAAGUCAUCAAUCAAAAUAAUAUACAAGGGACAGUUCAGCACAUGUAUAAUCAAAAUAGUCAACCUCAACAGAUACACUCGUUUUCAGUACCAUCCACACACAUGACUCAGUAUGCUACUGCACAACCAUUUACUCCGGGCCAGAUGUAUAUUCAGAAUACAGAUCCGUCACAAGUAUAUACUAAUUAUAAUCGACAAUAUAAUAUAAAUGCUACCCCGUAUAGUUAUUCUUCAUUUACACCAGUUUAUCAAUCACACAGCUAUCCUCAUCAAACUCAGUCACCACAAUAUUUAGUUCAAGGGUAUCAAAAUGGUGUUAUUUUACAACCUCAGCAACAUCCUUCUCAAAAUCAGCGUGUUUAUACGCAACCAACACCUAGUCAGCAAAUACAACAGCAUAUUGUUCCAAUUCAACAAGCUCAAUUGCAACUUCAACCUGAAUAUCAACCGAAAAAAACAGUUGUCAAAUUUACUGACCCUAUAACUGGUGAUAGUAUCCCCAUUAAUAACCCUAAGAAAGAACAAGAAAAAGUACAUAUUCAUAUGGGUAAUCCUUAUAAUCCGAACAUUGCCUUACCAAUACCAGAUAAAAUCGAUGAUAAAAGAGCGCAAGUUAAUGCUAGUUUUGCUGCUCAGAUUGCUGCAAUAGCUGAAAAAAGUUUGAAUGAAGAACCAAAGGAAAGUGUGCCAUUGACAAUAAGCGAUAAAAACGAAAUAGUUGAAACUGUUACCUUAGAAGAAAAUAAUGAUGAGUCUAGCAUUGAUUUUGUUGAGCCUGAAAAUGAGGCGGAUACUGAACCAUUAAGUGAUAUAAAUAUAACUGAACCUGGGACCACCAGCCUUUUAGUUACUGAUGAUAGUCUUCAGGUUGACGCAUCUAACACAUCUGAUGUUGCUGUACAUGAAGAAGUAAUUGAGAAUAUUGACGAGAUACAAGCAGAAGCUUCACCUGAAGUUUUAGAUUCUAAUCCUCAGGUGGAGGAUGUGAAACCUUCUAUUACUUUAAAAACAGCCCAGCACAAGAAAAAAAAAAAGUCUUAUAAAUCAUAUGACAACAAAGAGGUUGGAGAUGAUAUACUUAGUGCAUUUGUUGACAAGCCGAAAGUUGAAGAAGUCCCUGAAACAAUUAAGGAAGUUAAAUUAGACAAUGAAACACAACCAGAAGAAGUAACAUGGGAAAAUAAGAUAAUUGAAAAUGACUUGAUCAAUAAGAAAGAUGAUGAAGAACAAGAUGUUCGUCCAAGACAAGUAGAAAUAAACGUAUUAAAAACAGAAGACACUCAAGAAAUUGACAUUGAUAAUGAAAAGCGACAAUACAAUCGAGACUUUUUGCUUCAAUUUCAAUUUGCUCCAAUAUGCACUUCUAAACCUCAAGGACUACCUGACAUUGAUAUUGUAUUAAAUGAGGCACAUGCUCCUACUAAAGCUUUAGUUCCUGGACAAAGACUAGCUUCUAAUGAUUUUAUACCUGGUUAUAUGAAACAAGCUGGUGGAGGAAGAUCAUCAGGAGGAAGAUCAUCAAAGGAAAAAGAGCGAAGAGGAGGAUCUGGUGGAGGAAGCUCUGGAGCUUCUAGUGGACAACAAAAAAAGAUUGUUGUUGUUCCCCAAUUUGAAAAAAUAGAGCUACAUAAGUCAGAAAAUGCAUGGGUUCGACCUGGUGAAUUGAUGAAAGAUUUGCCUGAAGAACAAAGAGAACGAGAUGAGCUCGCUAGAAGCAUACGUGGAAUAUUGAAUAAACUGACACCACAGAAAUUUAUAUCACUUCUUGACAAAAUGAAAGAAUUGAAAAUUGACACUAAAGAAAAAUUAGAAAUUGCAAUUGAUCUUAUAUUUGAGAAGGCAGUCAGUGAGCCAGUAUUCAGUGUGGCAUAUGCUAAUUUAUGUCAUCGCCUAAUUGAUUGUUUUAAACAACCCAUGACAGAUACUUCCACUCCUAAUGGCACAAUUACAUUUAGAAGGAUUCUUUUAAAUAAAUGUCAAAAAGAGUUUGAUAAAGAUAGUUCUGACGAGAAACUUUUAGAAGAAGAUAAAGGCAGAACAUUUGAUACUGAAGCAGAGUCAAAACUAUGGAAAGCAGAUUUAGACCAGCGUGAAAUAAUGAAUCGAAGACGGAUGCUUGGAAAUAUACGGUUUAUAGGAGAGUUGUUUAAGCUUAAAAUGAUAUCAGAGAAUAUUAUGCAUGAUUGUGUAAUCAAGCUUCUUAAAUGUGAAAAAGUAGAGUCAGCAGAAGACCAAUUAGAAUGUUUGUGCAAACUUCUUGCAACUAUUGGUAAAGAUUUGGAUCAUCCUAAGGCUAAGUUUCGUGUCGAUCAAUAUUUUGCUCAAAUGAGCAAAAUUAUUGACCGUAAGAAGAUAUCAACUAGAAUUAAGUUUGCUAUCAAAGAUAUCAUUGAUUUGCGUAGUUGUAAUUGGGUACCACGAAGAGAUGAUAGCAAUCCAAAAACAAUUGAUCAAAUACACAAGGAAGCAAAAGAUGAAGAAAAAGAAAUGGAAAAAAUGAGACAACAGGAUAAAAUGAGACCAAAAGAAAGAGGAUCUCAAAGAAGUAUUGGGCGUGAUAGUCCUGCUAUGCGUGGUGGUGUAAGUGGGCCUCCUUCAUCUGCUGAUGGCUGGACUAACAUCCCUUCAAAAUCUAAAAAUUUUCCUGCUACUCCAGUUGAUGCGAGCAAGUUUAAAAUUGCAAAGAAAGAUGACUCUGAAAAUAUAUCUCUUGGACCUGGUGGUUUCCGUUCUUCUUGGUCGAGGGGAGCUAGUGGUGGAAGCAGUCGUAGUAGUUCUGGUGCUCCUGCAUCUGUUGAAUCUGUUCAGAAUAGACAGGCAAAUCGUUAUGAUGUUCUUAGUGAACAAAAUCCACCAUCAGGUGUUGACAGCAAGCGAGGAAGUCGUGGAUCAAAUACUUCACGGAGUUCAGGUGGUAAAUCUAGUCGUGAAGAUCGCAGUGCUGCAAUUCGUGCUGUUCAGGAUAUAACUACAAUGAAAAACCAGUUUUCUAAACACAGUCAAAGUGGUCGUGAUAGUCCCCGAUCUGGUGCUCAAACUCCUGUUGAAACGAUGGAUGCAGCUGCAGAUGUUGAUUCUACAGUAAUAGAAAUCUCUGAAGAAGACAUGAGAAAAAAGACAAAAUCUACAAUAAAUGAAUAUUUAAGUAUAAGAGAUACAAAUGAAGCUAUAACUUGUUUAAAAGAAGUUAAUUGUUCAUAUCUUCAUUACAUGUUUGUUGAAGAAGCUAUUACAAUAGUUAUAGAAAUGAAAUCAGAAGAAAGAAAGUCCAUUGGAGCAUUGCUUCAUGAUAUGAUAAUUAAAAAUGUAAUAACUGUUGAUCAGUUAUGUAAAGGGCUUGCAUCUAUUGUGCAAAAUGCUCCAGAUUAUGCUGUUGAUAUACCACAUUUUUAUAAAUAUCUUGGGGAAGUGAUAGGUCCCAUGGUUUAUGAUGGUGCGCUUCCUCUAAAUAGAGUCAAAGACACUUUAGAACCAUUAGUCAAGCCAAACAAAGCAGGCGAUGUUAUGGCUGAGGCUUUAUCAGUAGCUGUUCAAAUUGCUGGUAAAGAAGAAUCAGUUAGUGAAUUGUGGUCUAAGUCAAAUAUUAAAUGGGAGAUGUUAUUAAAUAAUGAUGAAAAUGUAGAUAAAUUUAUAAAAGACAAAAAAAUGGAGUUUUUAAUGAAUUCAACUUCAAGUAAUAAAAGUCAUUCAAAUAAUGUUCUGAAAGGUCUAUUACGUAUACUUCAAGAAAAAGGCGACAAUAAUAAAAUAACAUCCUAUAUUGAUAGUGAAUGUAGCAAUUGUAAAUCUGACCCAUAUUUUAUAAAAGAUCUAACGUCAAUGAUUUGCAAAAGCACUCUUGUUGAAGAUGCGACAAAUACAUGUAGCUGUAACAAAGAUGAAUUAGAGAAACGUAUAAAUAUUUUAUUAAAGUAUAUUUAUGGAAAUAAAAAUUUAGAAUUAUUUGCGUUGUAUGGUAUUCAGCAGCUUGUGACAACGUUACAUCACCCUAUAGGUCUUGCUAUUGAUUUAUUUCAAGAAUUAUAUAACCGCGAUAUUAUAUCAGAGGAGACAUUUUUUACAUGGGAAUCAAGUAAAGAAUUCCCAGAUGGAAAAGGAAAUACAAUUAGUUCGGUAAAAGACUUUUUAUCUUGGUUACGUAAAGCUGAAGAAGAAUCUAACGAAGAAGAUUCUACUCAGGUUUUUAAUUAGCCGAGAUAAUCUUUAAUAAAAUAUUUUAGAAAAAUAGCUUAUAGCAUGCAGGAUAUCGCAAA